AUGGCCAACGCAGAGCAGAUUGCCGCGCAGAUCAUGAGCACAAAGUCGUUAUGCAUUUCAUUGACAUGGCUCAACUCGUUCUUGGCUUCUUCGCCGCGUAACGUGCCCGUCUCGGCACUCUCCAAGACGGCCUUGUUCCGUGUGCUCGCAUCGGAUAUCCGCGAAUCUCUGGCGACUGAUGCGACUUCCGCUUUUCCUGUGGACAUAUCAGACCCUGCAGUGCAAGAGAGACGCCUCAUGAGCUCGACUCCUGUCCAAGUAUUGGAUAUCGAAGAUAUUGGAUCGAGCCUUUGGAGCCAGGUCGAAGCAAUUGAACGUGUGGAGCGCGGCGAAGCGAUCCGUGGACGGGAAAUUAUCCGCACAGUCAAUGUGGAAGGUGCCGGUGAAGAGAGGGAGAAUGGCAGCACGACUAGUACCACGACUGCUGGGAAUUCUAGUAACAUUGGAAGCAGUGGUUAUGGCCCCCAUCGGCUGAUUUUACAGGACGUCAACGGCACGAAGGUAGCUGCGAUCGAGGUUCAGCGCAUUGAAGGCAUCUCCCUGGAAAAGCUACCUAUUGGUGCUAAACUUCUUUUGUGCAAUGUGGAUGUGGCACGCGGCAUGAUUUUGUUGGACCCAAGGUCUUGUACAAUUCUGGGCGGGAAAAUUGACAGUCUGGACAAACCCUGGAGGGAGGGGAGAAAGGCCAGACUGCUGCAAAGGAUCGAUUCCAUGGGGAACAACUCCUGA